GAAAAGGAGAACAUGCGUGGCUAAACACAGGCGGGGCCGGGAAUCGAACCCGGGUCCUCAGAACUGUGAGGCUGACGCUCUAACCAGUCGGCCACCGUGCCGCCAGUUCUGACUGACUUUCAGAAAGUCAUCUUCCCAACGCUGUGCAUUGUAUGCUGUGUUGUGCAGUACGUUGGCUGGUGGUAGUUUUCCUGUCGGAUAAAUACGUCAACCCGGUGACGUCAUCUGCAAGCGACAGCGGCUUAAGACGACAAGAUGGCGGACGUGGUGAGCGUCGGCGUCAACCUGGACGCCUUUUCUCACGCCAUUAGCGGCAUCCAGGCGCUGCGUUCCAGCGUCAGUCGCGUCUUCGAGUGCCUGAAGGACGGCAUGAAGAACCGAGAGACGCUCGAAGGCCGCGAGAAGCAGUUUAUCGCCACAUUCCAGGACAACCUGCAGGCGGUCAACAGAGACCUCAACGAGUUGGAGCGCCUGAGCGGUCUGGUGGGUCGCCCGUCCGAGUCGCAUCCUCUGCACAACAGCGGCCUCCUCAGUCUGGAUCCUGUUCAGGACAAAACGCCGCUCUACUCGCAGCUGCUGCAGGCCUACAAGUGGUCCAACAAGCUGCAGUACCACGCCGGCCUGGCCUCCAGUUUGCUGAACCAGCAGUCGCUCAAGCGCUCGGCCAAUCAGAUGGGCGCCUCGGCCAAGCGACGCCCCAAAGUCCAGCCCAGCACCCUCGUCCUCCCCCCGCAGUACGUAGAUGAUGUGAUUUCUCGUAUCGGAAGGAUGUUUCCCGACAUGAGCAUCGAACUUUUUCGACCGAACGGAACGUCUGCGGUCCUGCUGGUGACGCUGGGCAAAGUGCUGAAGGCCAUCGUGGUGAUGCGUUCGCUGUUCAUCGACAGAACUUUGGUGCGAGGCUUUAACGAGAACGUUUAUGACGACGACGGGAAGCUGGACAUCUGGACCAAGUCGCAGCAUCAGGUCUUCCAGAAGGUGAGUCUGGAACCGGCGGCGGCCUGCCGGUUUCCUGAGCGCGGCAGCUCAUUGGUUGUGCGGUCGCUAGGUAACGGACCACGCCACCACCGCCCUGCUGCACUACCAACUGCCGCAGAUGCCCGACGUGGUCGUGCGCUCCUUCAUGGUCGGAAAACACCCAACUGCGGCACGCGCCGGCUCACGGUUGCUGACGUGCGUGUGUGUUCAUCGGAGUGUGUUUGUGUGUGGUUUUGGGUUUGCGUUCGGGUGUGUCUUUGCGUGCGUGUGCAGACUUGGCUGAGGAGCUACAUCAAACUGUUCCAGUCUCCGUGCCAGCGAUGCGGCCGCUUCCUGCAGGACGGACUUCCUCCAACCUGGAGGGACUUUAGGACCUUGGAGGCCUUCCACGACACCUGCCGCAUGUGACCCCUGACCCGAACCCCGCGCGCACUCGGUGGUGCUGUUAUUGCAACAUUUUGUUAGAGCGGCGCGGGCGCUUCGCCAUCUUCGGGUGGUCUGCAAUCUUCCUCCUCCUCGUCCUCACGAUGGCAAAGGUUAAACGUUCCCUGAUGGAUUUGAACCAGCGCUAAUGAGGAAAAUGUCGUCGUCGUCGUCAUCCUCACGGUGACCUUCCUGACUUAUUGAUGAAGAUCAAUUAGCGAGCGUCGUGCUGCUUCGGGCGCCGCGCCUGGUCGCGAACCUCCGGGCCUUGACUCCAGACCGGAUCAGACCGCAGAAGAAAAGAAAAAGCUCAAAUUUCAGAAAAAAAACAAAGAAACGAGGAUGAAAAGAUGAACUUUGCAUGACAAAGUUGUCGCUGUAAAUAAAGUUUUGUUCAACGAAA